UUCUUAUUUGUCCAAAAGACCUACAUUGCUCUCAUGGCUGUCUACUUUUUCUCUCCUUUGCACUAAUGUACAAGGUAUUCCUUUCCGAAAAGUCUUCCUAGAAUAUGACCUGAACAUGAAAAACCCAAUUAUUAAAUGCAAGUAUCGAAGGUAAGGAACAAAUUCACGUGGGGUUAAUUAGUAAGCAUGACUCCUCUAUACUAGUAUCUAAUUAAACCUCAGAUCAACCACCACCAAAUACCAUCCUUGUAACUAUAACCAUAAUGGCACUCAGCAACAACGUGAUAGGGGCCAUCAACUUCGUUGCGGCACUUCUCUCAAUUCCAAUCAUUGCUGCAGGGAUCUGGCUAACAACAGAGCCAGCAGAUUCGUGCGUCAAAAUUCUUCAAUGGCCUGUCAUAAUCUUGGGGGUUCUCAUACUUGUAGUGGCUCUGGCAGGGUUUCUAGGAGCCUUCUGGAGAAUCCCUUCGCUUCUGGUCUUCUACCUGGUUGCAAUGUUCGUGCUUAUUCUGUUGCUUGUUAGCUUGGUGGUUUUCACCUAUGCUGUCACCCUUAGAGGCCAUGGCAACAUUGAACCCAAUCGCUCCUACUUGGAAUAUCGUAUCGAUGAUUUCUCACUUUGGCUUCGUCGAAGAGUACGAAGCUCAAACAGAUGGGACAACGUUAGAAGGUGUCUUAUGUCGUCAAAUAUAUGUGCUGAGUUGGAUCAACGCUACCGAACGGCGCAGGACUUCUUCAACGCACACCUAACCCCCAUUCAGUCAGGGUGCUGCAAGCCUCCAACAAAAUGUGGUUACACGUUUGUGAACCCGACGUAUUGGAUCAGCCCCAUCAACACGGCAGAAGACAUGGAUUGCAUGAAAUGGAGCAACGACCAAGCACAACUUUGUUACAACUGUGAUUCAUGCAAAGCUGGUUUGUUGGCAACCCUUAGGGUGGAGUGGAGAAGGGCCAAUGUGAUCUUGAUCGUUACUCUUGUUGCUUUAAUUGCAGUCUAUUUGGUUGGCUGCUUUGCCUUUAGGAAUACCAAAACGGAUGAGCUCUUUCGCAAAUACAAGCAAGGUUACUCUUAAUUGAGAAGAUCGAUUAUGUUUGAUAAUUUCAGGAACUCUUAGGGUUAGGUAAUGAACACUGAAUGUUGAUGCUGGUGGAGAGUGAACUGGGUCAUUUUGUGUUCUCUUAAUUAUUGGAAUUUUCUUUUAUUGAAGAGAAACGAACACAUCCAUCAAAUGUAUGAAUUUGGGAUAUUUUCUUUAAUGUUAAAUUUGAGAAGACUUUUGUUUUUGUAUAUUACUGUUGAGUGUGUUGAAGAAACUAUAAUGGAGAUACUAUUCAAAAAUAGAACCUAAGCAAAAUAUGACUUUGAAUAUGACUUGACCCACAUGGCCUUUAUCAUGAGAAUUAAAGCAACUUGCAUCAAUGUCCUCUUUAAAAAAUUUCCACUGGAAAAGAA